UAGUAAAUAAAAACUUCCCUUUUCAUUCUUAAAAAAAAAAAAAAAAAAAACACUCUCUCGAUGGCCGCUUUUCGCUGCUUAGUACCCUCUCUUCCUUCUAUGAGAACUGCAUCCUUGGCUUCUACCCCUUUACAUCCCUUAAUACAAGUUCAAUCCCCAAAAUUUUCUUGCUUGUCCCACUUGCACUGUCAUGAUACUCUUGUUUCUUCUUUGUCUUCUCUGCAAUGGCCUCCAAAAGGUAGGAGGGUUUUGAGAACGUUAGCCGUGGUAGAUGAGGAAUCGGUGGUAGCGGAAGAGAUUGACAGAGAGGAAAACGUCAACAAGAGCCAAAAUGAUUAUGCUGACUCUGAAUGGAAGAAGGAGCCAAAACCAUGUGAGCUGUACGUGUGUAAUCUUCCAAGGAGUUAUGACAUUUCAGAACUUGUGGAGAUGUUCAGGCCUUAUGGAACUGUCAUUUCGGUUGAGGUAUCACGGAAUCCUGAAACUGGUGUUAGUCGAGGAUGUGGUUACCUCACUUUGGAUUCUAUAAAUUCUGCAAAAAAAGCAAUUGCUGCACUGGAUAGAUCUGAUGUUGGCGGCCGGGAGAUGCGGGUUAAAUUUUCUGUUGCUAUGAGUCCCAGCAAGAGAAACCCUGAGGGAUUGACUUCGACACCCCUGAAAACUGUCUUUUAUGAAAGUCCACAUAAGUUGUACAUUGGCAAUCUUGCCUGGACUAUUAUACCUGAGGAACUGAGGAAUCAAUUUAGCAAGUUUGGGACUGUAGUUAGUACAAGAGUGCUGUAUGAUCGUAAAGGUGGAAAGACCCGUGCCUACGCGUUUCUGUCCUUUGCAUCUGCUGCAGUGCGUGAUGCUGCACUUUGUAUGAAUGGAGCACUUUUUCAUGGUCGGAUAUUAGUAGUUAGAAGAGGUGUUGAGAGAGAUGACUAAGCCUUGAUAGAAAUUUUGCUUGCUGUAUAUCCAUAAGGGAGGAAUGAUAGCUCCAAGCAUCCACCUUGUUCAAAAUUCUCUUGCAGAAGAAUGGCUAUUCCAUCCUCAUUUCCGCACAUUCAAAGUAGUGUAUCUUGCACUGGAGUUCAGGUACUCUUUGAAGUUAUGUACUAGACCAUUUAAUUAAAAUAUCAUCGAAAAAACUCCUACAAAUUGUGCCCAUCAUAUUUGAACUCUUCAAAAUUUUAUAGAUGACAGUUUACUUUAAAGUAUCAUUGAAACUCUUACAGCUUUAAUUUCUCACCGCAUUUUUAUGUAUUGAUAGGUACUUGCACAUUCACAUGUGUGCUUUUAUAUACUAUUGCAGUGGAUUACUUCCUAA